GCGGCCGGCGGAGCAUGCGCAGUGGCCGCCCGAGGGCGCCUGGGCGCAUGCGCGCGGCGCGGCGCUCCCUUUUCUCCCCUCUCGUCGGAGCCACCAUGGCGCCCGUGAAAAAGCCCGCGGUGAAAGGCGGCAAGAAGAAGAAGCAGGUGCUGAAGUUCACCCUGGACUGCACGCACCCCGUGGAGGAUGGCAUCAUGGACGCCGCCAACUUCGAGCAGUUCUUGCAGGAAAGAAUCAAGGUUAACGGCAAAGCUGGUAACUUGGGUGGGGGCGUGGUGACCAUUGAGAGGAGCAAAAGCAAGAUCACUGUUACUUCAGAGGUUCCUUUUUCAAAGAGGUACCUCAAGUACCUCACCAAGAAGUACCUGAAGAAGAACAACCUGCGCGACUGGCUGCGCGUGGUGGCCAACAGCAAGGAGAGCUACGAGCUGCGGUACUUCCAGAUCAACCAGGACGAGGAGGAGGAGGAGGAGGAGGACUAGACGCGCGCCCGCUUGCCGAUGUUUUGUACAUUACGUUUCCUUGAAUAAAACGUGGGGGAAAGUUGUUA